AUGUCGGCAUACGCGAGAAAUGCAAAGAAAGGCGUCAAAAUCGGGGAAAAUCGGGAUGCCGGGGAGCUGAAAGAAAACGAUGCUGUGCCUACGAAAGAUGAGCUCGUUCUCCUAAUUAUGGGCGAUCCACAGUACCACUACCCUUGUGAAAUGACGAAUCUCGAAUGCAAGGCGGCUAGCCAGCCGAUAAGGAAAAACUUUAGACUGGAUUAUUUCCUCCGCCCACUACCCCCGAUCCUGACGAAUUGGACCGAAGCCCAGGAUGAGGCGAUAAAAGUGGAGAGCCGUUUCGCUAACAAGAUCCAGAGAAAUUCGCUGGAAAAAUUGAUUAGGUCAUUCCCCUACGAGCCCUCGGCACUGAUCAUCAACGGGGAUCUGACGAAUUUUGGGCACAAGCCGCAGCUGGACGAAUUUGUGAAAGGCUGGAUGACGAAAUUCCCAAUCCCCAUCCUCGCGGGUCUCGGUAACCAUGAUUGCCAGAAUAAUGUGGAUGACUGCUUUGCGAAUUAUUGUGUUGACAAUAUGAUGGACUGGUACAUAAAAUACGCCAAAAACCACUCGCUCGAUGUGGAUUAUACCAAAGACGAGAAAAUGGUCCACGAGGGUACAUUUGCGUACUCGAAACGCCUUUGUAGUUUGACUGGCAAAAACUGCGCCUACGUGCUACAACUCAACAAUGCGCUCGAUUACGAGCGGAAUAUCACCUUUGCCUGGGCGGAAAAGUGGAGGAUAAAAUCCACCGUAUCCUGGCUGAAGCGACAACUGGAUUUACUUGCUGAUUUUAAUUUACCUAUAUUAAUUAACGUGCACCAAAGCGAGGGAGUGAGGAUGGUGAAGAUGAGGGAGUUGCUCAGCGAUUG